AUGGCGAACGCCGGGGACAGAGUUAUUUGUGGAGUUGCCGAGUCACAUCACUACAUAUCCCUCCUUCAAACAAGUCUCAAAAUCAAAGACCCUUUUAGCACUAAAUCAAUUCAUGCUCAGAUCAUCAAGUCUGGUCUCCAUUUAGGUCUUUUUGUCGUGAAUAAUCUCAUCAAUGUCUAUGCCAAACUCGGGUAUACUUCUGAUGCGAGUAAGGUGUUCGAUGAAUUGCCUGUUAAGAACAUAUCUUCUUGGAACACUAUUUUAUCUGCAUAUACCAGAGGGGGAAUGAUUUCUGAAGCGGUUUCCUUCUUCAAUAAGAUGCCCGAUCGUGAUUCUGUUUCAUGGACGACAAUGAUAGUGAGUUAUAACCGGUCCGGAUUCUGGGAUGAUGCUCUCAGAUUGUUUUCUAAGAUGGUGUCGUCGCAAGUUCUGCCUAACCAGUAUACUUUUACUAAUGUUCUUGGAUCUUGUGGGGCAAUUAGAGAGUUGGAUGUCGGUAAAAUGGUGCAUUCUUUUGUAAUCAAACUUGGGUUCGUUGACAAUGUCGCUGUUGCCAAUUCGUUGUUAAAUAUGUAUGCAAAGUCCAGGAGUGCAAAUGCUGCGAAGAUGGUCUUCGAGAGCAUCCCGUUAAAGGAUGUCUCGAGCUGGAAUGGGAUGAUUUCCUUGCAUAUGCAGAGUGGUGAGGUUGAUCUCGCACUGACCCUGUUUGAGCAGAUGAAAGAAAGGGAUAUUGUUUCCUGGAACUUAUUAAUCACUGGAUGCAAUCAGCAUGGAUUUGAUGUCAAAGCUCUCGAGAUUUUCUCAACUAUGCUCAAGGACACCAAAAUAAUACCUGACAGGUACGCUCUUGCUAGUGCUCUGUCAGCUUGUGCAAGCACUAAGAAUGUCAGUGUGGGUAGGCAAAUUCAUGGGCACAUUGUUAGAACCAGUUUUAAUACUUCUGGGGCUGUUGGAAAUGCUUUAAUCUGCAUGUACUCCAGAUGUGGAUGUGUUGAAAAUGCUCAUAGAAUUGUUAUUCAAACUGGAAGAUCCAAUUUGAACGUUAUAGCAUUCACAGCACUACUUGAUGGAUAUGUCAAGCUUGGAGACAUCAAUCCAGCAAGACAAAUCUUCGAUUCACUUGCUGAGCGUGAUGUGGUUGUUUGGACAGCAAUGCUAGUUGGUUAUGUGCAGAAUGGAUCCCAUAAUGAAGCAAUGGCUCUUUUCAGAUUGAUGAUGAUCAGAGAUGGUGAAAAACCUAAUAGUUACACUCUAGCGGCCAUCUUGAGCUCAAUCUCAAGCUUGGCUUCUCUAAAUCAUGGCAAACAAAUACAUGCAGUGGCCAUCAGAAUUUUGGAAGCAUCACCUGCUUCGUUGGACAAUGCGUUGAUUAACAUGUAUGCAAAAGCUGGUAACAUUCUUUAUGCCAAGAAAAUAUUUUCUCUAUCACAUCAGAGAAAGGAUGCGAUCUCUUGGACGUCCAUGAUCAUAGCAUUAGCUCAACAUGGAUUGGCAAAAGAAGCCAUUCAUCUAUUUGAAAAUAUGCUUGAAUGCGAUAGUAAGCCAGACCAUAUAACUUAUGUCGGUGUCUUUUCUGCCUGCACACAUGCGGGGUUGGUUGAAGAUGGUCGUAGAUACUACAAAAUGAUGCAAGAAGUACAUGACAUUGUACCCACCUCGAGUCACUGUGCUUGCAUGAUUGACCUUCUGGGACGUGCUGGAUUGCUACAUGAAGCUCUGGAGUUCAUUGAAAAAAUGCCAGUCGAACCAGAUGCAAUAGCUUGGGGUUCACUUUUAGCUGCUUGCAAGAUUCACAAGAAUGCAGAACUAGCAAAAGUAGCAGCUGAAAAUCUUCUGAAGAUCGAUCCAGACAAUGGUGGGGCCUACUCAGCCCUGGCGAAUGCUUAUUCUGCUUGUGGGAGAUGGCGAGAAGCUGCUGGAGUCAGAAAGUCGAUGAAGCUUAAGCAGGUUAAGAAAGAACAAGGUUUCAGUUGGAUACAGAUAAAAAAUGAAGUUCACGCAUUUGGCGUGGAAGACGGCCUUCAUCCACAGAGAGAUGCAAUUUACCAGUUGAUGGAAAAGAUAUGGAAGGAGAUUAAGAAAAUGGGCUAUAUCCCGGAUACAGAUUCCGUUCUUCAUGACCUUGACCCCGAGUUAAAAGAACAGAUUCUCAAACAUCACAGUGAGAAGCUUGCUAUUGCAUUUGGCCUGUUAAAUACUCCAGAGAAUGCCACAUUAAGGAUCAUGAAGAACUUGAGAGUUUGUAAUGAUUGUCAUUCUGCUAUUAAAUUCAUAUCCAAACUUGUAAAUAGAGAAAUCAUUUUAAGAGAUGCUACUCGUUUUCAUCACUUUCAAGGUGGCGUAUGUUCUUGUCGGGACUAUUGGUAA